GCUAAAGACAUUCAGUUAACCGAACAAGCAGAAGCCUAUCGACGCUAUGAGGCUCGCGAGGCGGAGUAUCGUUCUACGGAAGCGAGUAGAAUAGCAAUCCAUGUUAAUGAGGCCUUGAGAACAGAAAAACUGUCAUGGGAGGAAACAGAAGCGAUUAAAUGGAGCAAUGAGCUGGCUCAACUGCGCGAAGAGGCGUGCGGAGUGAUUACUUCCCUUAGGGAAGAAAUACACGAGGAACGGGAAACUGUUAAACUACUAGAGGAAUCAAACCAACGCUUGAGACAAAUCUUGGCAAGUUUUGAGGAAAAGCAGAAGGACAUACUGGAGAAAGCCGUCGAAACAGGAAUAGCUCGCGUGAAAGACGAAAUUGACCAGAGACACCAGCGUGAGGAGAAUGAGUUGCUACAAGAAAUACAAGAAAAAACAACUCAAAUAGAUGAAUUUACUGAGAGAAGGAUUGAAUCCCUCAGCGAAUAUCUACUCCAUGCUCUUUGUCGGCGCACUCGCCUAUGCAGUCUUUGCCCGUACGAUACCUCAAAGUGCUUGCGGUCGGAUUGGGACAAGAAGAAUGGGCCUAAGGCUAACCGAAUGAAUAUUUCGAGUACAUGGCUUACCGUAGAAAAGGGCCAACGAAUGAAGCGAAAGCUAGAAGAAUCAAAACGAGAAGAAGAGUCACGAGUCGAAGAGGAUGAUAUGGAAUUAAGUCAUUUAACUUGGCAGCCCCACGCCACUACGCUGACGGAGGUGCCACAGACCAGUCGGGUUUCAUUAUGCCGAUAUUCUGAGGUUAAUUUGAAUCAGCGAGUUCGGCCUCUUGACCAUUGGCGUGCCACGUCCCUGGUGAUAUCACCAACAACUGCCACGACGACCACUACCACAACAACAUCUGAGGUAGAAGAAGAGGAGGGGGAAUACUUAGCAGAACAAUCAAAUUUCGCCGGUGAGCCAACAGAACAGGCUGAGGCGAUGACGUACCGUAAGGGGUCAAUGAACCAAUCUGGCCUAAGGCGGAGUUCGACGGAAUCCAGUCGUAGCCCUGCAAGAAAAGGGUCAUGUCGGCCUACAGUAGCCGACGGCUGGAAGAUGCAAGAAAGCAGGCAAACUGUCUUGUAG